AUGGAUCCUGAAGACCCCCCAGAUGUCCCAGGAGGCCCCUCAGCAAGUCCCAUGGAGCCUCACUCUCCACAAGGGCGCAAUCACAUGCCCCAACAUGCGCCCCAAGCGCGUCACACCUCUCCACAGAAUGGACAGGAGACUGAGCAGCCCCAGGGGGAGCUGCAGCAGCAUAGUGACCCAGCUGGACAAAAUGGUGCAUCAACAGAAGACUCCCCAGAGCGCCAAGGGGAGCAUGUGACAUUCUCACAUACGCUAAGAAGCGCUUCCCCCCAGAUCCAGGAAACCACUCCUGGAGAAACUGUCCAUGGGCAACAAGACCCAGAGGACUCACCUGACGACCCUGACAACCUCAUGACGCCAUUCCAUCCUCAGCCCCAUCCUGGCAAAAGAAAGAGAGGUGAUAUAGUGGAAUCAACUGUCAUGAAACAAGCAAAGGUCAUUCCUGAGGCCACAAGAAGAAGCACCAGAGAGGGCAGAGCCCAGCAUGAAUACAGAAGACUUGCCAAUCAAAGACUUUCUGCUGCAGCUGCAGAAUCUGCACCCAAGAAGGAGAAGUUGAAAGACCCAACUUCCCUCACUAAUGCCCUCGGCAGGCCUGACAGAGCUGAAUGGGUCAGGGCAGUCAGGAAAGAAUUCACAUCUCUUGAAGACACAGAAUGUGUCCAAUGGAUCCAUAUGUCCAAGGUCCCAAAGGGAAGGAAGCUUCUCUCUGGGAAAUGGGUACUUCAUUACAAGUAUGUGCCAGAUGGAACCAUUGAAAAGCGCAGAGCCAGAUGGACUGUAAAGGGAUUCACCCAAAGACUUGGGAUGGACUAUGUCAACACAUUUGCACCCACCCCAAGGCAUGCUACUAGCAGAAUCCUCCUGGCUCUGUGCAUAGUGCUUGGCUAG